GCCCCGCCCGGCCCGGCCGUUCCCGCCACCGCCCGGAGCCCCGCCCGGCUGCCUUCAGCGCCGCCGCCCUCGCUCGGUGCGGCCCGGCGGGCGGGAUGAAGCUGACGGACAACGUGCUGCGGAGCUUCCGCGUGGCUAAGGUCUUCCGCGAGAACUCGGACAAGAUCAACUGCUUCGACUUCAGCCCCAACGGCGAGACCGUCAUUUCCAGCAGCGACGAUGACUCCAUCGUUCUCUAUGACUGCCAGGAGGGCAAACCAAAGAGGACCCUGUACAGUAAGAAGUAUGGAGUGGACCUCAUCAGAUACACACAUGCUGCCAACACUGUCGUGUACAGCUCCAACAAAAUAGAUGACACAAUCCGAUACCUCUCCCUGCAUGACAACAAAUAUAUUCGGUAUUUCCCGGGGCACACAAAAAGAGUGGUUGCUCUUUCAAUGUCUCCAGUGGAUGAUACUUUUAUUUCUGGAUCUCUGGAUAAAACUAUUCGUCUUUGGGAUCUCCGCUCUCCAAAUUGCCAGGGUUUAAUGCAUCUCCAAGGGAAGCCAGUGUGUUCUUUUGACCCAGAAGGGUUGAUUUUUGCUGCUGGAGUCAAUUCUGAAAUGGUGAAGCUUUAUGAUCUCCGUUCUUUUGACAAGGGGCCAUUUGCUACGUUUAAGAUGCAAUAUGACCGAACGUGUGAGUGGACAGGCCUGAAGUUCAGCAAUGAUGGGAAACUCAUCCUCAUCUCCACGAACGGCGGCUUCAUUCGGCUGAUCGAUGCUUUCAAAGGAGCUGUCUUGCACACGUUUGGGGGUUAUAACAAUAGUAAGGCUGUCACGCUGGAGGCAUCAUUCACACCAGACUCUCAGUUCAUCAUGAUAGGUUCGGAGGAUGGGAAGAUCCAUGUUUGGAAUGGAGAAAGUGGGAUGAAGGUGGCUGUCCUAGACGGAAAACACACAGGUCCUAUAACCUGUCUGCAGUUCAAUCCAAAAUUCAUGACUUUUGCUAGUGCAUGUUCCAAUAUGGCCUUCUGGUUGCCAACUAUCGACGACUAAUUCCUGCACUGUGGCUGCUGUCGGAUGGCUCCAUACUGCUAACAGCAGCUCGUCAUUGCAAGCAUAGUUUUGGAAUUGCCUACAUCUCCUAGACUGUUCCUGUUCCUGCGUAUUUUCCAUGUCUUACCUUUAUCUACAGCAUUCCGUUGUGAGGACUGCUCCUUUUGGCCUCCUGGCACGCUCAAGAAGCAGUAUGCUACAGGUUCUUACCUUUCAGUCCAUGCCCAGCAGGCUUUAGCCCAAGAUGGAACUGACACAGUGUUGUUUCUUAGAGCCGUGAAUUCUGUUUUAUCUACAAAAUGUUUGUGGCAUUUUUUAAAGCUGUAAUUAUGUUUUCCUGCUGUAAAUGCACAAGGCUAUUGAUGUUCCAAUGUGGAGCGUGCAGUUCCUUUCCAUAAGUGCAUGUUUUUAACGUCUGGGAUCUCUGGUUUCACUGCAGUCCACAGAUGCAAAUACUUCUGUGCCAAAUGUGAACACUGACAAUUUUCAAUGGCAGAUGCUGGAUUCUCUUGCAGUGGAACAUGCACCAGAAGUGUGGGUAGCUGUGAAUGUACCUCAUACAUCUUGUCAUCAUUAUUUUUUUGGCAAUUUAGUGUGUAACUGCACAGGUUUCAUCCAGUGUCAGAGGUUGCCAAAGCCUCCCUGCUGUUUGCUGUGUCAACAUCCUGGAGGCACAGACAGCACUGCUGAGGUCCGGCCAGUGUCCCGAGCAAUAAAGGAGUCUGUCAGCAGAAGAUGGAGAAACCACAUGAGACUGAAAGCACAGUCUGCCUGUGUAUCUCCCUUAUGUACCAUUUUGGCUGAUCUUACUUGGCCACUCCAUACUGGCAAACCAUGCUGGAGCGUUUUCCUAAGGUCAGUUUCCUGAUGUUCCCCUGUUACAGCAAAGUUCACAUCAUGAUUCCCUGGAAGAGUAAAUGCCUUGUAGGACAGCUGUUUCUCUUUUGCUUUUUCUUGCAUUUUUUUUGUCUCCUCCCAGUCCUUGUCCAAGGAAAGGUGCUGUGCUAAGACCUGCGUAUGGGCACUGAGCAUUUCUGCGCUGCUGGUUCGAUUCAGGUUGCAGCAAUUGCCUGUGGCAGUGCAGGAGCACUGCCCACACAGGGCAGGCUCACACCAUGGUGCUCGAUCUAUGCUGUGGUUGUGGCUCUGCUGCUGCUGCCACACCAGGCAUUUCUAACCACAGGUCUGCAAUGUGAGUUUACCAUCCUCCAGCAGGGUGAUGGAUGCUUUCCCUCUGCCACACAGACCUGCUGCAGGAGAUGCAGAUGAGAGGUUCAUGCCACCCCUCUUCUGUGCUGUCCCACCGUUGCCUAUAAAUAAAACUGCCCCAUGCAAAGGGAGGUGGUUUUCUCGGGCCUCAGUCACUUUAACACAGCAGUGUUGCAUUUUAGGCUGUUUGGUGCUAUUUUACCUUCGUUGGUACUUGCAGUACUUUGUAAAAUAGAGAUAUUUGGGGUUUGUAGUGUGUUUUAACAGUCAAACUUCAGCGUCCAGUAGUAAAUUAUCUUUAAGGUUUUUCAAGUCUUUUGCCUGAGGAAGUGAACAGAUAGCCUCUGGCCAUAUUCCUUAUUACUUUUGACAGGGAAACAUUUGGAAGUCUUUUAUUCUAUAAAAGCUCUCUGUUAAUGUGGUUUUGAGCGCUUGUCUAGAGGUUGUUGUUCAGCUCUCUUCUGCUUGCAGUGUUGUAAAACGUGGUGUGUUGUGGCAUGGAAUGUUGAAGGAAAAGGGAACCAGAGGAGUGGUUUAGGAGGAUAAACACAAGCACAUCAGUGGCUUUCUGGAGUGAAUAGGGAUGUUCAGGCUCAUGCACAGCAGCACUAGUUCUCCGUUCAGGGUGGCAGCUGAGUGCCUUCGCAGGGUCCACUGCCACCCACGGAGGCAGAGACAUCUCUGUUGAUGUAGCAUGGAGUGCUUUCCAUCUGGCUUUAAAAGAGGGGAAUGUGCCAAGUGUUGUCAGAGAACAUGAGAAUUGUGUGUUUCAGACAGUUGGACAGGAAAGGUGAAUAAAGCUUUUAGCUUCUAUGUGCUUCUCUAGGAAUCCCAGGGCUGCAAUUCCUGUGCUUUUUAGGGCUGCCAGCUAAUGAGAAACAGAUCUGAUGAAAAACAGCCUUCCCAGGUCUGACAGUGGCCAAGCAGCAAACAGCAUUCCCCCUCCAAAUCCGACAUGUAAAUCCUCCCCAUGUUCUUUGGGAUGAAGUAAAGACCUUUCUUCAAAAUACGGGGAAAUGAGACUCAAGAGUCCAUCUUUAAGUAAGCAGUGUGGGGGCUGAGCACAUCUGCCUGGGCUGUAGGAGAUUUCAGGUGUAAUUCUCCAAGUCAGUCUUGAAAGAUUUUUAUUACUUUAUUGAAGCUCCCAGGUCCUGGAUUCGUGUCCCAAGUCCCUUUGUGCUUUGGAGGGUGCAGGAGUGAAAAAUUUGGAAACAGCAGGGUAUCUUUUUCCAAUGCCUCUUAGCUAUUUUAGCACUUUAAGAGACUUCACCUUGGUUUUGGGUCAGGGGCAGGAACCUGGUGAGCCUUUCAGAAACUGGUCUCUGGUUGUGAGCUGCUAUAGGGAGUUGGACUCCUCAGUGGUAUCUGCCAGUGAGUGUAAAUACAUAAAGUCAAAUUAUGCUUUGUCACAAAAUACUACCUAUGUGGAGAAUUCAAUGUUGUGGCUGUGACCAAUAAAUAUUUUGUAGAGAGACCA